AUGAAUCAGAGGUCCUCCUUUAGCCGAACUAAAGAGCCGAGGAGGGAAAAAAUCAUCCGAACACGACGUGACGAAGAUGAGCGAUCUCAUGGAGACGAACCUCCCACUCGGCGUAGUUCUACAGAACGGCCAAAUUUAUCACAUGCGACGUCAUAUACUAGAUUCAAAGAGAAUUAUAUCGAAAAAUCGCGCUCAAACAGCAAAGAAAGUCAAGGUAGUCUUGUGUUCCGGCGACAAGAUCGUGUCAAACCUCAGUCGAAUUUUUCUAAGGGAACAAGUAGAGAAGUUUCGCCAGGACGUGUACCACACUCCGAUUCAAUGAGGAACGAGAGGAACGAGUUUUCCGGACGUUUAAACUACGGUUCCUACUUCAAUCGAAAUAUGACACCUCGUGACCGAGAUUUUGCAUCUAAGCGUUCAGGACAUUUUGAUAACAACCACAUUAUUGAUGAUGGGAGAUUAAAAAGUUGCUUACACCGUUUACUUAGAGAUGAAGAUAGAGAACGUCAGGCAAGUCUUAUGCGACAAUUAAGGAUAUAUUUUGAGCAUCCAGAAAACUACAAGACUAUUCAAUCAAACAAAGAAGAUAUUAUUUCAACCUUUGAAGACUUCAUUCAAUUAGGCUUGAAUUUUGAACUAAAACAAGAAUUCAUUUCUGCUGUUGGCACAUUAGGUGCUGUUUUAGGUGCUAAAGCUAAAAGUUUGCUUGAUUGGGAGUUCACUGUAAUCAGUAUGUCGAAAAGUGAAGAAAUCAAGAUUUUAAUUCUGAAAGCUGUUUUUGAAAUGUUGAAGAUUGAUGCUGAGAAGAAAAGUAUCAAUGAACAUGUGCCUUUUGUGAUGUCACGAUUGCAGUCUGCUUUAGAAAUAGCUGAUGUACCUGAAUUAUUGAUUGCAAUAGUAAACGUGAUAUUUGAAAUUGCCAAUGCUUAUCCAUCAGUUUUCUCAAAGCAUUUUAGUGAUACUGUGGAUAUUCUCAUUGGUUGGCAUAUUGAUUCUACUCAACAGCCUUCUGUAAUUGAGUUUACUUCUAAUACUUUGAUUGGUUUUCAACAAUUUUGGAUUUCAGACAUUAAUUUUACACUCACUCUUUUGGGACAAUUUCUUGAAGACAUGGAAUCUUAUGCGGAGGGUUUGCCCAAGAGUAAACCUCAACCUAAAAAGUCUGUUAUGUAUCUUAAGGAGCUAGCUCAGUCAAAGUUGAACUUAUCAAGUAGCACUGAGAGUCAACCUUGCUCUCCCGAAGAAAACCUUGCGAAAAUUAAAAGUUUAAUAAGAGUGUUAAUAACAGUUCUGAAAAGUAUUGGAGAUUUAGUUACUCCUGAUGAAAAUGGUCCUCUCACUUGGACAUUCGUUGUUGAGAUGCUGAGAAAUUUUUUGAAAUAUGUGAUAACUACUGCUGAAUAUAAUUAUUACUAUGACCUCAUGACUUCAGCUAAUGAAUGUUUGAACCUUUUGCUCAAACUUGCUCAGUCACAUGCUAAAGAUGCCCUUGAUGAGCUAAUCUCUUACAUUGAUUUGCUGCAAGAAAGAGAUCCUAAUUUAAGUGAAUCUCAUCUGAUUUCCAUUCUGUAUGUAAUGAUAUGGUUUGUAAAGACUCUCGGCACUUUUCUUCCAGUAAAAUUUAUUAGUCGACUUUUUUCGCCCAAGUCUCUAUCCAGGAAACUUAGAUUUUCACCUUCACCUCAUGUGCAGAGAUUGCUUUUUGAACUGUAUCAUAUUGUACUAGCUGUUAAAAAUGUCCAAGUUGUUGAAGAAUUUUACAAAUGUAUCACAGUAGACAUUAUGGAAGCUCACAGUGUAAUAUUGAAGGCUUGUGAUGACAAUGAAAUGAAGUCAUUUGCAGCAAAGACAGCUGAAGCUUCUCUUUUAUCAAGUCUUUGUGCUCUGGUGGAAAUUGGAAAUGCAAAGCACUCAUUGAUUAGAAUGUUCGCAUUGAAACCCAGUUUUUUUGACCUUAUGAUAAAUCAUUUAAAACCUACUGCUCCAGAAUUGGCGAAAAAUUUUCCUGUUUUGCAGUCAACUAUACUGUACAUAUUAUAUUCUCAUUUUCGUAGGCACUCUCACUUUGCAAACAACAGUAUUCUUGUUAAUCCUGACUCAACAACUUCUCCAAUUUCAACAUCUGGUCAUAAUUCUCCUAUAAUGACAGAUGUUCCUCCUCCUGUUUCUAGUAGUGGCCAUUUAGGGAGUAUCAUUAAGAUGUUAAUACAACUUUUGGAAGGUCAAUAUAAUUCCUAUGAUAGCAGGCUUCUUGCAGCAGAAUGGACUGAAGAAAUAUUAAAACAAGUUCAACACCACCUCAGUCGUCUUGUUCAAAAUACCUGUUUUGAGGAUUUGCUCCGUGCUGUUUUAAAUGCCUGUUUUCUGAAUGACACAGUUCUAUCAAAAAUUUGUUGCAAGAGUUUGCAUAUAUUUUUGAAGUCCGCUGCAUCAGUAUUGUCUGAAAGUACUCUUCAAAGGUGUUAUGAUAUAUGUGUCUUGCGAUUAAACAGCCAUGAUGAUGAAUUACAGGAACUAUUUAUUUCUAUCUUAUCCUUACUACCAAUAGAUAUCAUUUUAAUGAGCAGUUCUUUUAGUGUUCUCAAAAAUGGCUAUGUACAUAGUGUUUCAAAAGAUGCAGAUUCUUCAUUCAAAAGCUGUGUUUCAAUUUCUGAUAUAUGGUCAAUGUAUCGUGGUUACAUGAGUCGAUCUUCUGCUGGAAACUUUUUCAGCCAUCAGUUUCGAAUGAUCACAAAUUUUUUAUUCCAAGGAAAAGAUCCUCCAGAAAAACAGUGGCUGUUGCAAAUGUUUCACAGCUGUCCCCCGCCAGAACGCCAGUGUCGAAUCGACUCUUUAAUUAGUCAGCUAGUUGAUAGCUCCAAUUCUGCUCUUUGGUUUUGGGCUGUAUGGGAAGUUGCUCAAUUAUGUGUUACAUCAAAACUGCGCACUCCUUUAGGCAAGCCGCAAGAAACUUUUAUGGCAAUUGAAGCUGCUUUAAAAAGUGCAGCAAAGUCAUCUAAGAACCAAGAUGAUGCUUUCAUUGGCAAUUCCAAUCAAAUGGUGCUGCUUAGAAUCAAUUUAUUAUUGUCUCUGAUGGAACAUCUAGAGAAACUUAUGUAUAAUGCUUAUGAAGGCUGUGCAAUUGCUUUACCCUCGCCUGCAAAAAAUGUACGUACCUUUUUCCGAACCAAUAAAUCAACUUGUCAUGAGUGGUUAAGCCGGGUCAGAUCUACUACUGUUGUUGUUGCUUUGAAUGCAGGCUGUCCCGCUGCUGUAAUUCGCCAGGGAUUUGAAAUAUUGCAGGAACUUAAUAAUAAUGGAAAUGCUCAGGGCUCUGAGUUUGAGAAUAUAUUAUAUGCAGUUACUCGAGCACUCAUCCAAUUACAAUGCCCUGAAGGUGUCUUGGGAUUGUAUAUUUGGUGUAAAGAAAAUAUUGGGCGCAAAUUUAAUUGGAUGAAAGCAUCGGUUGAUUGUGCUGCUGGAAAGCUAGAAAAUGCUGUUCAUGAGUAUCUUUGUAUUUUGCAAUCUCUGUCAGAAAAUCUUAGUCCUCAAAAACAUGUUAAGGAAAAAGAAGACAUAAAUAAGAUCAAUGACAAAAUCAAAAUAGGACCUGCAUCAAAUAAUUCUGAAGAAACAAGAAAUAAAAUGAAUAUGAAUGAAUUAGGAUUAAGUAAACAUCAUGUAGAUGUUCAUCUUCAUGCUUUCUUGUUAAAUCAGGUGAUUGAAUGUUAUAUCAAUUUGGGAAGUUGGCCAGAAGCUGCUAGGUGGGCAGAAUUUCUAGAUAAAGUCAAAUUUAACCAAAAUGGAGUAAAUGUGCAUAGCCCUUGGAGCAACAACAAUCUUUCUUACUUGAGUUGCUUGUCAUCAUUUGAAGAAAAGACUUUCGGCUGUGGCAAAGAAGAAUUUUCUGUCGUUGAUGAUUUAAAAUUAAACAGUGAACCACAAAACUCAUUUUCAUGGACAAUAACAGAGCAGUUCAACAAAGCUCAAAGUCUUCUUAUGUCUGCAGCUCUUGAGUAUGAUAGACAUUGUAAGGCACCAGAUUAUUUAAAAUUGAUUCCAGACAAGAUAAAUGAAGCAAAAGAUGAGAUUUUUAAACUUAUGAAACUUUCAACAUUUAACUGGCCCCCUCAUGCUGAUGGAAAAGCAUCAUCAAUUUUAUUUAGAGACAAUGUCAAACUGGACCCUUCUGAUUGUUACAGUUCUACUUUAAGUUUUCUGUUGUCUUGGGAAAAUGCAUUUUUGCAUCUCAAUUCUGUAAAAUCUGUUGAAAAAUUUCAAGAUGGUUAUUUUGAUCUUUUAAUGAGUACUGCCAGAUUAUCAAGAAAGCAACAGAAUUUGAAAACAUCCAACAAUUUGGUUUUAAAAGCAUUAGAUUGUCUUUCAAAAUCAUCUCAGUACUGUGGCCUUUUUAAUGUAACUACGUCAGUGAAAGAUGAAAUAUUGGAGAUGAGCACCUUACUAAAAAAUCUUAGAAAUAUUUAUCCUCAGAACCCCAAUGAGAAGCUUUUAAAAGUUCAGAGAGAAGGAGCCAAGUUACUUCGCUGCUUUGGUGAUACUGAUAGCUGUACUGAAGUACUUCUUAAUAGCAUAUCAACUACUGCAAGGCAUCUUCAAGAUCCAAACAACCAUCUACCAAAUUCUGUAUGUAGUCAUCUUAGUGAAUUAAAUUCUAGGUCUAUGCUGAAUUUAGUGAAAUAUAUGUUACAAGAUUCGAAAAAUUUAAGCAAUCAUUUACAAGAUAACUUUGAUCUGUCUUCAUCUCAAGAAAGUCACACAUCAAAGUUGUUGUACAAUACUGUAAAUGAGCUUAAGCAGACUACUGGAAUGAGCGAACUGAACAAAAAUGUCUACUGUGAUCUUCAGCAAGAAAAAGUUGUGAAUGAUUCUGAUUUCCUCCUGGGUCAGUUGCUUCAACUCAGCAUAAAUCAAUGUCCAUCUCUUGCAAAAUCAUGGUGCAAUUUUGCGUCAUGGUGUUAUGGAUGGGGUCGGAAAAUCGUAAAUGUAGCAAAUGGUCCUGUGGCAAUGCUUCCAGAAGAAAGAACAAAAAUAUUUGCUUUGGUACCAAAUGCAUCUAAGGAAGAUAUGGAUGUCUUGUUAAGUAUCAUAACACGCUUGCAUAAUACAUCUGGUGGUGAAUGGGACAAUCAAGAAAUGGAUUGUACUGAAAGUGGAGCUUCUGAAAUAAGAAUUCAAAUUGUUACAAGUUGUCCCUUUCUUUUGAAGCUUGAUAAUAAUGAAGAGGUUAUAGAUAACUUAGUUGAAAUUUGGAAAGAUUUAGUUAGCAGAGCAUAUUCUUAUUAUAGAAUGGCUGCAGUGUCUUACUUGCAGUAUCUGCAGCUGAAUGGAAAAGGUCCAAAUACAGAAAAAUCUGAUGACGACAAUGUUACAGCAACUCUUCGUUUAUUAAGAUUAGUUGUGAAACAUGCAUCUGAACUCAGAGAUGUUCUUGAAGAUGGCCUAGCAGACACCCCGACAGCUCCAUGGAGAGGAAUAAUACCACAGCUAUUCUCACGGUUGAAUCAUCCAGAACCAUAUGUUAGACAAAGCAUUUCAGAUCUCUUAUGUAGAGUAGCCCAAGGUGCUCCUCAUUUGAUAGUUUUUCCAGCUGUUGUUGGUUCGUUGACUUUAAAAGUUGGGCCACAACUUCCUCAAGAGACUUCUGGUCUAUUAGGAGCAUAUUUUUCUGACAGUAUAGAUGAAAAUUCUGAGUCACAAGUAGAAGCUAGUCAAGAUUCUGGUCCAGAUCUACCUCAGCCAGUUACACUUCUGUCAGAUGAAGAAGAUUGCGAAGAAGAUCAUCAAAAAACUGCCAUAAUGCAAAAUUGUUUUGCUGCACUUGUUGAAACAUUAUGUAAUCAAGAUGAAAGAACUAUUUCAGAAGCCAAAAAUCUAAUUCAUGAACUUCACAGAAUAACGUUGCUUUGGGAUGAGUUGUGGCUUGGUACUCUUAACAUGCAUCAAACAGAAGUAAAUAGGCGUUUUCUUAAUUUGGAAAAAGAGAUUGGAAAAGUAAUGAACAAUACUCACCUGAGCAAGGAAGAAAAAAGAGAAAUUAUUAAGGAGAAACACUCUGUAUACGUUAAACCGACUGUAUUUCUUUUGGAGCAGCUGCAGGCUAUUUCUAGUCAACCUGCUGAAACACCACAUGAACAAUGGUUUCAGAAAUCUUUUGAAACAGAUAUAGAACUUGCCAUUAGCAAAAUUAAAGAUCCAUCUGAUCCAUCUAGACCACAAGAUAGUUGGGCUGUAUACAAACAGCUGUACCAAUUACUGCAACAGAAAACUCAACAACAGUCUCGAUCACAUUUAAAUAUGGAUCACAUUAGUCCUGUUUUAGCAUCACUGAAGUCAACUGUAAUCCCAAUGCCUGGAAUAAAUAAAGUAUCUGGUAUGGUUACUGUGCAGUCAGUGCAUCAUGUUGUUUCAAUUUUGCCAACUAAAACAAAACCCAAGAAGUUAGCAUUCAUUGGUUCAGAUGGACAUAGGUACACAUAUCUUUUCAAAGGAUUAGAAGAUCUGCAUUUGGAUGAAAGAAUCAUGCAGUUUCUUUCCAUUGUGAAUAAUAUGUUUUCAAAAAAAAACAGACAUGGAAAAGAAGUGUUUUAUGCUCGUCAUUAUUCUGUGACCCCUCUUGGGCCUCGCUCUGGCCUGAUUCAGUGGGUUGAUGGAGCAACACCUUUGUUUGGAUUAUACAAAAGAUGGCAGCAGCGUGAAGCAAAUUCUGCUGUUUUGAAAGGCCAGAGUAAUAAUAUUGCUGCUGUUUUGCGUCCUUCUGAAGUUUAUUACAACAAAUUAACCCCACUUUUGAAAGAAAAAAGCCUUAACUUGGACAAUCGUAAAGAAUGGCCUCUUUCUGUGAUGCUAGAAGUUUUAAAGCAAUUAAUGGAAGAAACGCCUGACAGUUUGCUAGCAAAAGAACUUUGGUGCUCAUGCAGUAGUGUUCUUGAGUGGUGGAAUGUAACUCAAACUUACAAUCAUUCAACUGCUGUUAUGUCCAUUAUUGGUUACAUAAUUGGAUUAGGAGAUCGCCAUCUGGAUAACGUGCUAGUUGAUUUAUCAACUGGAGAGGAAAGUAGUUUUUGUCACAUUUUAGUGGUACAUAUUGAUUAUAAUGUGUGUUUUGAAAAAGGUAAAAACUUAAGAGUUCCUGAAAAAGUGCCUUUUCGGAUGACUCCAAAUAUUAUGACAGCAUUGGGGCUAACAGGAGUUGAAGGUGUAUUUAGGAUAUCAUGUGAACAUGUUCUUAAAGUGCUAAGAAGAGGUCGCGAAACUCUGCUGACAUUACUGGAAGCUUUUGUAUAUGAUCCCUUGGUUGAUUGGACCCCUGGAAACGAAGGUGGUUAUACUGGUUCAGUGUAUGGAGGAAGACAAACUUGGGUCACUGAAGCUAAACAGACAAGGCAAAGCAUGGAAAUAGACAUUGCUUUGUCUAUGUUUGCCAUUAGAGUUGCUGAAAUGAAGGGCGAAUGGCUCAAAAAUAGGGAUGAGCUUUUAUCAGCUUUUCCAAAGUUAGAAAGAUUGCUUCAGGAGUGGAAAGAAGCACAACAGCAAUUACAAAUAGCCGAAGGAGGACUUCAAGAUGCCUGUCAAGAAAAAGCUUUAUUGGAAGAAGCUCUUGCAAAUUCAAGUCAUAGUUUAUAUGCACUUCCUAAGAGGUAUGAUGAAACAACUAUUGUCAAAACAACUAUUAAUGCAGCCAAAGAAGCUGUUGGCGAAAAAUUACUUGAAUGUAAAAAGUGGCACAGUGUUCAUAGUGAAUCGUUAUCCACAGUAUGUGGUGCAGAAUUAAGUAAAUGGUGUGCUGAUGUAUCAAGUGAUAAAAGUAUGGAUGCAUUAUCUGUCGCUCCGGUAGUAGAAUUUCUUCAGACUGCUGGUCAAGGUCAGCUUGUGCAGCAAUGUGAACAUGCUGAAAGUGAACUUGCUGCUGCUGUUCAACAACGUCGCUUAACUAUGAGAAAUUGUAUUGAACUGUUGACUACUUAUGCUACAAUAAUUUUACAGUUUGGGCCGAGUUAUAAGGAACAGAAUAGAUGCUUCAAGUGGCAACAGUGGCUGGAAAGUUUACUCUCUGAUUUCUCGUCUCUCAAAUGUUUAGAGAUUAUAGCUGAUUUUCGAAAUCAGUAUGGAAGAGAGAGUCCAGAUGCUAUACAGUGUUCUCUUUCUUUAAAUGUGCAGUUCCAAACAGCUAUUUCUGAAAUUAAUGCCAAAACACUGUCGAUUUUAGAACGAAUGAGAGUAGAAGGAGUAGAUGAUAAAUCUUCUGUAAUUGCUUAUGCAGAAGAAGCAAAAUGUGCUGUGAAGCAUUUUCUUACUGAAGCUGGUGAAGCAAGCCACCAAGCUUUCCUUUGUGUAUUAGGUGAAGCUUUAUGUACUAUUAGAAAACAACUUUUUAUGAUGGAAACAGCAGCUGGAGCAUCUGGGGACAGAUUGGUUGAUUUAACAUCUUGGAAUGGUGAUUGGUUUUUGGAUGAGAUUUACAGUACUUCUGGAAAUGUUGCGCAGUACAUCCAGCUUUUGUUAGAAACUAGUGUAAAAAACCCAGAACUGAAGGCAGGUUUGCAAGGGGUUCAGUUAAUCCAUGUUGUUUUUAGCGCUUUAGAGGAUUUGAGUUGGCAUUUUCAAAAUAUUAUUCUUCCUGAAGCAAUUCAAACUGCCCUUGAACCAUCUGUCAUCGAAAUGGUAGCAAAGCUGGAUAGAAUAAUUGCUCGCUGUGGGGUUCCUUUGGAUAAAUUAAUUUCAGAUUUGGAAUCAAAUAUUACAAGUUUAAUUUUGAAAACGCAGGUUGGGGAAAAUAGAGUUUCUGAUACUGUAAAGAAAUUGAGAAAUGAAUUCGAAUCUUUGAUGCAGCGAACAGAGCCCCAAAUUUCAGGUUUAAAUCAUGGACAAAUGCUACUCAUGGGUUUUAAUGGACUUUUUACUAAGAUCGAUUCUGAUUUGGAGGUUCUGCUGUCAUUUUUAGAUAAUCUUGGUAUCCCUUCAAGCUGGCAAAAAUUGGAUUUGUACAGGGAUACUGUUUCACUUUGUCCUGCUGUUCAUCACAAUGCUGCUCGUCCAAUAUUGAAAGACAUAUAUUUUGUAAGGAAAUUAUCAGCUAUGCAGCACUCAUUUCAUGUGUGUCAUAAGUAUGUAUCAUCUUUGCAAAUAAAUCCAAGGGCUGGCAUAAUGGAAAGAGAUGUUAUUCUUGUGUCAGAUCACCAGCUUGUAAAGCCUGUUAAACAAUUCACAGCAGAUUAUGUUCGACAUAUGAUACUUGGCUUGCCUUCUCAAGUAAUUGGUUUUGCACUAUGUUUAUUAAUUACUCAUCUUGGCUAUGAUCUCACUGCUGAAAUUGAAUUGCGAGAUGUUGGAGUAGAAAAUAAAAUAUCAAUUGAAGAAAUUUUGCUAAAAGCCUAUAAAUCUUGCAUUUCUGAAAACUUCUUAGAGUCUCAGCUUCCUCCUCUGAGUACGUUAUUAAGUGCAUUUGAUAAUGCAUGGCGUAAAGAAGAUCUGGCAAGGCGUUUAGAACAAUAUCUUCUUGUUCAUAGAGGAAGCCAUCAACGAGCACAGUUGCAACUUGCUCGCUUUCAAUGGCUUAAUGAAGAUCUUUUAGCUCAAGGAAACAUAGGUCCUUUGCAAAGUUCUGUAUCAUCAAGAGCUUCUGUUAUGUCUGAAAUACGUAAAACUGUUAGUGCAUUGGUGACUUAUGACUGCGUAGUUACAUCUGCUCAUGAACGGUAUUUAUCGCUUACAUCUGGAAUAGAGCAGAGGUUGAAAUGGGCUGCUGGUGCUAACCCAUCAUUGACAGCAGUGCAAGAAGACUUUGAAGUGGCUAUUGCUGCUAAAACAUCCAUCAUUAAUACAAGCAAUCAGCUCUCACGAGAUUUAGUAAGCAUGUGCAAUGCAGUGCUCCAUUUUGAAGCCUUGAGAACAAGGACUACGGAAGCCCUGUCUUCAGAUAACACAUUUUUAGCUCUUAUCAAUAGGUGUAAAGAAGCAUGUGAAUUAGCUGAAAGUUGUCAGAGUCAAAUAAGUAACAUUGAAGAACACCUAAUAUCCUUAAAACCCUUAGAAAAAGAUGGCAUUACUUCAGAAUGGCUGACGUCGGUUAUUAAAAAAGUAUCCCAAUCAUUGAGCUCCUGUAGAGAAAAAUUAGAGCACCAGAAAUCAACAACAAUUCUAUGCUGGGAGUCAUUACAUCUACAUGUUGUGCAUGUUCAUGAUUUAUUAACUGUGCAUCAUAAACUGAUGUCUGAGGUGCGUCAUAUUCUGAGAAAUUUAGCUAAACAUGAAGAGCAAGAACUUGGCAUAGAUUUCAAAGGAGAUGGGCAGAUUCAUCGUUAUAUGGCAUUAUACAAGGAGUUUUCUGAAUGCAUAUCUUCUGUAGUUAGUAAGCUUUUGACGGAUUCCCAAGAAAUUGAAAUUGCAAGUUUAGUUUCAGUUGAAGCAGAAAUCCCUGCUCUUACUGUUACUGCUGCCGAGAUAUACAGUCAGCUUUUAGAUUUAGCUGGUCCUUUGGGAAGUAGGAAAUAUGGUUUGCCAGAGAUAGAAAAUUCAAAACAAAGUAUUCAAGUAAAAAAGAAUCUAUUGUCUCCAAUGUAUGAGCCAUCAGGAAUGCAUUCUCCUGCUAUUAGACCUAAAACACCUUUAAGAACUGGAACGCCAAAGAAAAGCACUGUGAUGAGAGAUCCACGUACUGGAAAAGCUGUCCAAGAAAGAAAUACAUAUGCAACAAAUGUGUGGAAACGUGUUAAAACAAAGCUAGAUGGACGUGACCCUGAUCCAAAUAAAAAGUCCAGCAUUGUAGAACAGGUUGAUUUUGUUAUCAAGGAAGCAACCAACCUGGAAAAUCUAGCAGUUCUAUAUGAAGGUUGGACGCCAUGGGUGUGAUUCUCUAAUCCAGUACCUCCUGUGUGAGGUCCAGUUUCAUAUGUGCGAGUAAAGCAGUCAAUCAUAUUGACCUGCUCCUUCACUGUGGACGAGAGGGCGUGCUUGUUAUUGUCAUUGUCUCGCCACUACUCGUCCCUCAUUCAACGCAGGGCUCGCCCUAUUACUACCAAAGUGCGGCUUCAUGACCAAUAAUUGCCGGCAAGAAUCCUUCGAGCAUCCGA